AUGUUUUCCAGCGGCAGCGAGUCUGCGCCCUUCCGCUGGCGGCCCGCGCAGCCUCCAGCAGAGGCGGGAUCCACCGUGAUACAGCCGCAGCGCCCACAAGCACCACCGCCGUUGGCGCCUGUCACAGAGCGGCAGCCCCUGGUGCCGCUGCGAGGCUUUGGCAAGCGCAACGCUUCAGGGAUGUUUGCUGCCUACCUCCCGCCGCCGCCACCUGCUCUGCGGGCUGGACAGCCUGUCGCCGGUGAUGCGAGUCGGCCGGCGAUGCCGCCCCUCUUCGACUUUGGCGACGACGAAUUGCCGGUCGACGACCCGACCUUCAUGGAAGAGAUCGCGCGCAUCGAGCGAGGACAUGCUCAACAAGUGGGCGCCGGCGACAGCGGCCCUCUGCCGCCGCUUCGGCGGCGCCUUGCCUUCGAAGCGAAGCGCGCGCAGGCAGGCGCCUCUUCGCUGGACCCGAUUCCGCCUGCGCCGCUUGCCCGCCAGCACGGCGCAGUCCGGUCGCCCUUUGGGCGGCCGCAACUACCGCAGGCGGCUGCCGAGGCCUCAGUCGCUCCAGCGCCGUGCGGCCCCGCCUCUGGAUCGAGCUGGGAGUUUGCUCCAGCGACGCUCUUCAGUCUUGCCGAUCCGCCUCCUCCGACCCUCCCCCCGCCAGCGCGAGCAGCUCCCACUGCAGCGCGAGGCCACGCUCCCACUGCAGCGGCCGGGCCUCUCGGCGAAGCGGGCGAGCGCGGAUCCGACUACUCCGACCUGGUUGAGUCGUGGCUCGACGAGAAGCUGCGGCCGCACCAGCGGGAAGGCGUCCGAUUUCUUCUCAAGGCGCUCGUCGAUGGCAACUCGCCGCUGGGGGCGCCGAGCGGAACGGCUGGCGCCUGCUUUGGUGCGAUCCUCGCGGACUUCAUGGGCUUGGGCAAAACGCUCACAUCGCUGGCAACGAUUCACGCCAUGCUGCGUGGCGGCUACCUCGGCGGGCCGCGCGGACACCGCCGCAAGGCGCUGCUCCUGGCGCCGCCGAGUUUGCUCGGGCAGUGGAGUGGCGAGAUUACCAAGUUCUUCGGCGGGCGCUUGCCUCACGCGUUGGCGGUCGCCAGCCAAGGGGGGCGCAAGGCGAUACACGCCCUGCAGGACUUCAAGCACUCGGGAAAGCAUCUGCUGCUCACGUCGUACGAUUUCGCGAUACGGCCAGAGGCCAUGGCGGAGUUGUCGUCGAUGUCGAUCGAGCUGCUCGUGUGCGACGAGGGCCAGCGGCUGAAGAACCACAAGGCCAAAACGUUCACGCUACUGCACGCGCUCGCAUGCAAGCGGCGCCUGUUCUUUUCCCUGCUGACCUUCGUCGGUGCCGGCCCCUUUGUGGGCUCCCGGGCGAGCUUCGCCUCCACCUUCGUCAAGCCCAUCGCGCGCGCGCAGGAUGGGGCGUCAGACGGGAGGGAGGCCAGCCGGGCCGACAAGGAGUUUGCCGCAGCCAAGCUGCUCGAGCUCUCUCGCCGGCUCGAGACAGUGAUGCUCCGGCGCGGCGCAGAGAUCAACGAGAAGUCGCUGCCUCCCCUCGUCUCGCUGGUGAUUGUCGUGCGGCUGACGCCGCUGCAAACCGCACUCUACUCCUUCUUUCUCGAGAGCCGCCGCGAAACGCUCCGAGCCGGCUGCGGGAGCAGCAGGUCUCGAUCUGACGCCGCGUUCGCCGCCAUUGCCCAGCUGCAAAAGGUCUGCGCGCACCCCUUCAGCGUCUUCUUCGACCACAACGACCUGGUUGCACGCCGGCGAGCCGAGACGGCUGCUCGGCGGCCGGAGGCGAGCGCAAGCUCGGCCAGCUGCCCGUUGGGCGUCGACGGCCUCAACUCGUGGUCAGACGACGACGAUGACGAAGCCGGCGGCAGCAGCGACGAUGCGAGCGGCGGUGUCGUCUGGCCAGACGGCUUCGAUCCGCAAAACAGCGCCGGCCUGUGGGCGUGGUCGGGCAAGCUCCUGGUGCUCCGCGAGCUGCUGCGCUCUUUCCGCGCGCACGGAGACAAGGUGGUGAUCGCGUCGAAUUUCACAUCCAUGCUGGACCUUCUCGACGACAUGUGCAUGCAGCUGCGCUGGCCGGCGGCGCGGCUCGAUGGGAAGGUGCCGGCGGCCCAACGCACCGCCAUGGUCGACGACUUCAACCGCCCCAACAGCGGGAGCUUCGUGUUCCUGCUCUCAACCAAGGCUGGCGGCACGGGGCUCAACCUCGUCGGCGCCUCGCGCCUCGUCAUCAUGGAGCCGAGCUGGAACCCGGCCCUCGACAAGCAGGUCUGCGGGAGGGUGUGGCGGACGGGCCAGACCGCUUCGUCGGUCCACACGUACCGCAUCGUAUCGGCGCUGACGCUCGAGGAGCGGAUGUACGCGCAGCAGCUUCGCAAGACGGAGGUGGAGGCGGGCAUCCUCGACAAGCGCCGGAGCGACCCCUCGGCCGGACAGGGCCGCGCCAUCGGCGAGCACCACAUCGACGGCCUUUUCCAGCCCUUCGCGUCCGUUUGGAGCGACGUCUUCGAGCAGCUGGGCGACGCGCAGACGCGGACCGUCGAGCACCUGCCGCACGCGCUCCUCGAGGGCGCGGCCGGCCUCGACGGCGGGCGCUGGAUCUCGCACAUCCAUACCAUGCCGCCUCCCGCCACCACGGGGUGA